AUGCAUAACAAGGCGAACGAGGUCGAGGACAGCAAAAAAGGCCCUGAGUUUGAUAUCGGGCCCUGGUUCAACUUUACCACCUUUGAUAUCUUCGGAGAACUCGGCUUUGGAGAGUCGUUUGACUGCCUCGAGAAUUCCCGGUACCAUCCAUGGAUUGCGCUGCUUUUCAACAGUGUUAAGGCGGCCGCGUUUAUAUCUGCUGCCAAAUUCUUCCCGCUGAUCACCUUGAUGCUCAUGAAAUGUAUACCCGAGUCCCUCAAGAAGAUGCAGAAGGAUCACUUCCAGCAGAUUGUAGAUAAGGUCGACCGGCGUCUCAGCUGGGAACUGGACCGUCCGGAUUUCAUGUCCCAUGUUAUCAAGUCCAACGGAACCACGAAGAUGCCGAUUGGGGAGAUCUAUGCCACCUUCAUGGUGAUGACCACUGCCGGAAGCGAGACGACUGCAACCACACUCAGUGGGACGAUGAAUCACCUUGUUUCCCAGCCGGAGACCCUUGCUAAGCUCACCAAGGAGGUGCGCAGUGCAUUCCAGAGCGAGAGUGACAUGACCCUGGAUGCCCUCCAUGACCUCACAUACCUCGACGCCGUACUUCGGGAGGGCCUCCGAACCUGCCCACCCGUUCCAUGGAUGCUGCCCAGAAUUGUCCCGCGUGGAGGUGACACUGUCUGUGGAACCUGGCUACCCGAGGGUACCGCUGUGAGCAUCCAAGCAUACACCCUCAACCGCGACCCUUCAUUCUUUCACUCAGCAACAUCCUUUAUCCCUGAGCGCUGGCUCCCCGAGGCCAGCACUAACCCAAAAUCUCCUUUCUACCAUGACCAGCGUAACGCUGUCCAGCCGUUCAGCGUUGGACCAAGAGAGUGCCUUGGCCAACAUCUUGCAUGGGCCGAGCUGAGACUUAUCCUCGCUAGAUUAGUCUGGGCGUUUGAUUUUGAGGCUGUAGAGGGGAAGAAACUCAGAUGGGAAGAGCUGAGGACCUUUCUCCUGGUUGAGAAGAAGCCGAUUCAAGUGAGAAUCAAGCAGAGAUCAAAUUAAGGUAAACGACGCGAUGUGUUUGGUGCGUCCAGCUGGUGUCUCUGCGGCUGAUAUCAGCGACCAUAUCUACAUAGUCAUCAUCAAACGGGUAUGCCGGAACGAAACAAAACGGGAGGAGCAUUUGCUUGUAUACUAAUUUCUCAGGGGCAACCCAUAUUAUUCUCUCAGAGUACAUCAUGAACACCACUCUAUAAUUUCUCCCUGGGUGCGGAUUUGACCAAGACAGGCAUUUUUGCUUUUCUCCUUGACAUUCUUGAGAUAAUAUGCAUUCGCCUCUCAGCCCCUGCCUUGCAUACAACGCCAUAUCAAUAUCGGGUGUAUUAUACAUGGUCAACCCAGCAAGGUACAUCCCAAGCUUAUUUCGAUGGCGCCCUCACUCGAUGGAAUUGCUGUACUCAAUGCAAUGCCUUCUCACCCUCCUUUCGGCCCCAGCCGCAGUACACAGCUUGGAGGCAAAAACGGCAACAAAGCAAAUACGUUGCCUAGUUAUUCCAUAUUCAGGUAACGCUUGGCUGCUAUACUCCGUGCUAUGACGGUGAGAAAGACUUCAUCUUAUGCUCGGCGCGAAUACGAUCAGAGCAACCUCACGCUCAUAGUUAGUGGUUUUUAGUCUCGGUCAGCGCUCCGGGUCCUUCGUGGCUGUCUUGGUAUGGGGUACCUAGCGUAAUAGACUGUGCCCCUAAUGCCAGGGAUGGUACGGGGUCGGCCCACGGCUCAAAGUCAAGAAGCCUAGGCUUGGUAGAUCUUUGUAG